AUGGGUCAGAAGUACCAGUGUACCCCCGGCAGCCGAGAGCGGAUGCAGCUGCACAGCCCACAUCUUACACAGGACGAGGAGGAGGAGGAGGAGGAGACAGAGGAGGAGACGGGUCAGAAGUACCGGUGUACCCUCGACAGCCGAGAGGGGAUGCAGCUGCACAACUACUCAGGAGGAGAGAGGGAAGCACAGGAGAAAGUGGACAACCACACACCCCAAACUCAGAAGUAUCCCACAGAAGAUCCCACUGCACAAGCCGGCACAGUCAAGGAUGGCAUCAGCAGCACUGAACUGCAGGUGGAAGAGUCGGCUGGCGAUAAUGAGGAGGUUCCCCUGGCCUUCGAGAGCUUCCUCCACCGCAAUGGACUCAUCUACAGCUGUGUCAUACAGCACGGCCAUAGGAUGUACGUUGAUGACUCAAAGGAGAGGGUCAACAUCUGCCGGUAUUAUGAUAUCCAGUCAGGACUGUGGCUUCUGCUGCCGCUGGAGUGGGAGAUGAACAUUGAGUUUGUCAAGCAGUGCGUCAAACAAAUCAAGGACACCCUCCCUGGGCUGUCGGACCAGAAGGAGAUCACAGCGGCCCUCAGACAGUGUAACUAUGAUCCCCAUGAGGUCAUGUCCAUCUACCUGACCAUAUUUGGUGACAGCCUCUUCCAGUCAUCUUCCAAAGCGCAGAGCUAUUCAGAGUUAAAUUCAUUCAGGAAUCAUUUGCAAAAAGACAGGACCAUAGAAGAUCUCAAGCAAAAACUCAACACUAAAGAGAACGAGCUGGACAAGCUCUUCCAGAAGAACAGCUACUUGGCCCGAGACACCCAGUACCUCGCCGACAUGGUCCAACACCUCAACCAGAGAGUGGCCGAGCUUGAGGCCGACAAACAGCAAGCCAUGGAGAAGAUCCGAGCCUUGCUGAGCCGCAGGUCCACGCAGGUGCCAGCCAAGGUGCCGCCCCCUAAACCGUCCGUGGAUCUCAGCCUUCUGCGGCAGGUCGGCAAGUUGACUCGAGAGCUGAACGUCUCCAACAAACAGCUGGGUGCUACUGUGCGCCAUGUGCUGGUGGAUCUUCAGAAUCACUUCCAGCAGCUGAGGGAGCUGGUGGAGAAGAUGACCAAAGCAGAGCAGCACAGGGUGGCAGAACAGGAGGAACUGCGCUCCCUCUACAUGAAGGAGGCCCUGGAGAGAAAGACACUCUACAACAAGCUUCUAGAACUUCAGGGGAAUAUCCGAGUGUUCUGUCGAUGCCGUGGUAACACUCCAUCAAACUCUUGUCUAGAGGUCCCUUCUGAGCAGGACGUUGUGGUCAACCAAAAAGGAAGCAAGAAGAAAUUCAAUUUUGAUAGGGUCUAUUCAUCAACCUCUACACAGGACCAUAUAUUUGAGGGGACAAAGCCUAUCAUAACCUCAUGUGUGGAUGGAUAUAAUGUCUGCAUCUUAGCAUAUGGACAGACGGGCUCUGGGAAGACAUACACGAUGAUGGGCCCUAAAGACAACCCAGGUGUCAAUGUAAGAUCUAUCAGGGAGUUGCUGUCCAUUUGCAAGAAGAGAGAAAACAUCACAUAUUCUCUAAACGUAUCUAUGUUAGAAAUCUACAAUGACAGUCUGAAUGAUCUCCUGUCAAAAAAACCAAAUAGCCACCUGGAUAUCCGCACGCAAGGAAAGUCCAUCACUGUUCCAGGGUUGACACAAGUUGAAGUCAAAACUGAGGAUGAUAUAUUACAUGUGAUGGAAACGGGUGAAAAGAACAGAAAGAUUGCAUCUACCAAAAUGAAUAUUGAGAGCUCUCGAUCUCACCUCAUCCUGACCCUGACUGUGGUGGGAGCCGACGGUGUGUCUGGGGUCACGACCCACGGAACACUGACCCUGUGUGACCUGGCGGGUUCAGAGCGCAUCUCCAAGACCGAGGCCAAAGGCCAACGCCUGGUGGAGGCAGCCGCCAUCAACAAGUCUCUCACCGCUCUGGGACAGGUUUUCAGUGCACUUAAAUGCAACGCUAUCCAUGUGCCUUUCCGGAACUCAAAACUCACACACCUGCUUCAGCCCUGUCUGUGUGGAGAUGCCAAGGCUUGUGUGUUUGUGAAUGUGAAUCCUGAUCCAUCCAACACCGCAGAGACUCUCAGCACCCUCCAGUUUGGCUCGUCCAUCCGGCAGGUGGCCCUGGGGAAGGCCACGCAGAACAUCACCUCAGCUCCCCAAAACAAGCAGGAGAAGCAGCCAGGUCAACCCCAAAACACACAGUCCUCCACCAAGCAGGAGAAACCGUCUAGUCAACCCCAAAACACACAGUCCUCCACCAAGCAGGAGAAACCGUCUAGUCAACCCCAAAACACAGCUUCCACUAAGCAGGACAAGCAACCUACCAAUAGUCAACCCCAAAACCCACCCUCCACCAAGCAAGAGAAACCACCUAGUCAACCCCAAAACCCACCCUCCACCAAGCAGGAGAAACCACCUAGUCAACCCCAUAACCCAUCAUCCGUUCAGCAAGAGAAACCACCUAGUCAACCCCAUAACCCAUCAUCCGUUAAGCAAGAGAAAGCACCUAGUCAACCCCAUAACACAGCUUCCACCAAGCAGGAGAAGCAGCCAGGUCAACCCCAUAACCCAUCAUCCGUUAUCAAGCAGGAGAAACAACCAAGUCCACCCCAGAACACAUCAUCCACCAAGCAGGACAAAUAA